AGAAAAGUCUAUGUACUGUUUGACAGCGUGAAACUCAAGGUAAACAAAACUAUGCAACUACUAUGGACCGAAACGUCAAAAGGUUAUACUCCGAAUACAUACAGACGCAAUAGAAUUUAUACAAAUUGCUAUAAUAUAUUAAUUACAGAUAUACACGCCCUCAGGGACUGUUGUUAUGCUUGAUUGUAACUAAAGUACGAGUUUAGCAAUCUCAAAAUAUCCGAGUUGUAAAUAUUUUUUAGGUCUAAAUUUUAAUUUUCUUCCCGCCGCUAGAUGGCAAUAUCAUUGUUGCCCCGAUUUUCUUUUUUCUUUCAUUUGUAAAACAGUUAAAUCAGUCUAUUGACGCUCACUAAAUUAACAGUUUGUGUAUAUUGUUAUAAUUGAUCUGGUCAUCAACGUGCAAUACGAGUACUGACAUUAUUUUAUGAUACGAGAAAAUUAACUGUAAAAUACGGAGUUGCUACUGUUUAUUAUUGUUUUAUAUCAGUUCUAACCUAACAUAACAGUUGUUUAUUUCAAAUGAUAUUUUACUAUUGACAUAUAUUUCGCAAAUAUAUAAAAUAAAAAGUAAAGUAAUAAGUUCUCUGUUAUAAGUGGAGGACAUUCGAUAUCGUUUUUAUUAGAAAAAGUCUUUACUGUUCAAGUUACUAUAUAUAAUGUCAUCAGUUCUUCAAAAUAAUGAGAUUUUACACACAGAUGUUACUAAUGACACGUAUAAAUCAUCUGAUAUGAAAAUAUUCGCAGGCAAUAUGCCUUUAAACGAUUAUGUAGAAAAACGAUAUAACAAUAUAAUUAAAUCACCAAAUGAUAAAAGAGAAUAUAGAGGUUUAGUGCUGACUAAUAAAAUGAAAAUAUUACUUAUUAGUGAUCCAACAACUGAUAAAAGUGCAGCAGCCUUGAAUGUGAAUAUUGGUUAUUUAAGUGAUCCAGAUGAUUUACCAGGUCUAGCACAUUUCUGUGAACAUAUGAUGUUCUUAGGAACAAAAAAAUAUCCGCAAGAAAAUGAAUAUAGUAUGUACUUAUCACAAAAUAGUGGUUUAUCUAAUGCAUCAACACAUAAGGAUCAUACUACUUAUUACUUUGAUGUACAUUCUGAAAAAUUGAAGGAUGCACUAGAUCGUUUUGCUCAGUUUUUCAUAGCACCACUGUUUACGGAAACUUCAACCGAAUUAGAAUUAAAUGCUAUCCAUUUGGAGCAUGUAAAAAAUUUAGCAAAUGAUACAUGGCGCGUUGAUCAAUUAGAGAAAUCAUCUGCAGACCCAGAUCAUCCUUUUAGGAAGUUUGGUGUUGGAAACAAGCGAACAUUAGAUGUAAUACCAAAACUCCAAGGCAUAAAUGUAAGGGAUAAGUUACUUGAGUUUCAUGAAAAUUUCUAUUCAGCUAACAUUAUGUCAUUAUGUAUACUUGGGCAUGAGAGUUUAGAUGAACUUGAGAGAAUAGCAGUAGAAUUGUUUUCUGAAGUAAAAAAUAAGGAAAUUGAAGCACCUGUUUGGCCAGAACAUCCAUUUAACGAAGAACAUUUUAAAACCAAAUGGUACAUUGUUCCAAUAAAAGAUACAAUGCAUUUGAAUAUUACAUUUCCACUACCCGAUUUACGAGAACAUUACAAAGCUGCGCCUGCACAUUAUGUCUCACAUUUACUAGGACACGAAGGAAAGGGAUCGCUAUUGUCUUGUUUGAAAACAAAAGGAUGGUGUAAUUCACUUAUAUCAGGCAAACGAUUAGGUGGCAGAGGCUUUAAUUUUUUUAAUGUUGUUGUUGAUUUAACAGAGGAAGGCAUCGAACAUGUAGAUGAUAUCAUUCUGCUGACUUUCCAAUAUAUUAACAUGUUAAGGAAACAUGGUCCAGUUGAAUGGAUUUACAAUGAAUAUAGAGACAUUGCAAAUAUGAAUUUUCGAUUCAAAGAAAAAUGUUCACCUAGUAUUUAUGUCAUUACACUGGUAAAUGUGUUACAAGAUUAUGCAAUGGAAGAAGUCUUAGUGGCAGAAAGUCUAUUCCAAGAAUGGGACCCUGAUUCAAUUGAGCAGGUAAUGGAAUAUUUGACACCAGAGAAAGUGAGGAUUCACGUAAUUGGAAAAGUAUAUGAAAGUAUUGCUAAUGAAACUGAAAAGUGGUAUGGUACUAGGUUCAAAAAAGAAAAAAUACCACAAGACAUUAUUAACAAGUGGAUGAAUGCUGGUUAUAAUUCAGAUCUUAAAUUGCCAUCAAAAAAUGAGUUUAUACCAGACAAAUUUGACAUAAAGCCAGCAGAAAACAAUAUAACCAAAUUUCCAACAAUUAUUGAGGACACUCCAUUAUUAAGAUUAUGGUUUAAACAAGAUGACGAAUUUCUUGUACCUAGGGCUAACAUGUCUGUAGCUUUUGUCAGUCCACUGGCAUAUAUGGAUCCUCUUAGUUAUAACUUAAGUUAUAUAUUUGUAGAAUUAUUUCGCGAUGCCCUAAAUGAAUAUGCAUAUUCUGCCGACUUAGCUGGGCUUAAAUGGGAAAUUGAGAGUAGUAAAUAUGGAAUAACAAUAGGAAUCAGUGGUUAUGAUGAUAAGCAGCAUGUCUUACUGAAUAAAAUUAUGGAUAAAAUGUUUAGUUUUGAAGUUGAUCCAAAAAGGUUUGAGGUUUUGAAAGAAAGUUAUAUCAGAAAUUUAAAGAAUUUUAAAGCUGAACAACCAUACAUGCACACAGUUUAUUACCUUGCUGUGUUACUAUCAGAACAAGUGUGGAUGAAGGAUGAAUUACUAAAAGCAACCUCUCAAGUAACAGUUGAAAGGAUUCAACAGUUUAUACCACAAUUUUUAAGUAAAGUACAUAUAGAAUGUUUAAUACAUGGGAAUGUGAUAAUGUCAGAAGCUCUUGAAACAGCUAAACUAAUAGAAUCAAAGUUAACUAGCGCAAUCCCUCAAAUAAUACCACUGUUGUCGAGACAGCUAAUAUUGUACCGUGAAAUUAGACUAGAAGAUGGUUGCCACUUUUUGUUUGAAGUAGAUAAUAAUUUACAUAAAAAUUCAUGUACAGGAGUCUAUUAUCAGACUGGGUUACAAUCAACUCAAUCAAGUAUGUUACUAGAUCUUUUGGCACAAAUUCUUUCGGAACCAUGUUUUACUACUUUAAGAACUAAAGAACAAUUGGGAUAUAUUGUAUUUAGCGGAGUUCAAAGAACAAAUGCCGCAGAAGGCUUAAGAAUAAUAGUUCAAAGUGACAGACACCCUAAAUAUGUUGAACAAAGAAUUGAUGCAUUUUUAGAAUCCAUGAUACAUCAUGUAACAAAUAUGUCAGAAGAAGAGUUUAGUAGACAUAAAGAAUCAUUGGCAAUGAAACGACUUCAGGAACCUAAAAUGUUAAAUACCUUAUCUGUCAUAUUUUGGAAUGAAAUCUCAUCGCAACAAUAUAAUUUUGAUCGGAAAAAUAUCGAGGUUGCAUAUUUAAGAACUAUAACACGAGAGCAAUUAUUAAAGUUUUAUAAGGAAAUGCUGCAGAGUGAUAUUCAACAUAAAUUAUCAGUACAUGUUAUUUCUUUAGUAGAAGACUCAGAAUCAGCAGAAAAAGAUGUAAUUAAAACUGAUGAAGAUACCCAGCCAGCUGAUGCAAUAAAUGCUGUGGAAUGCAAAAAGAUCACUGAUAUUAUGGCAUUUAAAAUUAGUCAAUCUUUAUAUCCAUUACUGAAGCCAUUUGAUAAUGUACGAAGGAAAGGGGCGUAUUCUUCUAAAUUAUAAAACACCUAAGAUGUUUUAAUUCUAUAUUCAUAUUUUUCAAUGAUAUGUCUAUGAAUUGUAGUGAACAUCUACUAAAUAAAUACUUUUAGCAUAUUCUGUUAUAUAAUACACUGUUUAAGUAUGUAUAAAUCAAUUUCAUGAAUGCAUAUUGGAUAUUACAUCUGAAUAAUCAAAUAAUAGCAGCUGAGAAGUACGAAAAUGUUACAAUUAAGUAACGGUACGAAAGAGAGUGUAACGGUUAAGUUUGUAACAUAUUAAUAACAUAAUUAAUUUUCAGAACUAUAAAAUUGUGUAUGUAUUCAAAUUUUUGAACAAAAAAAAAAAAAUGAAUGCACGCCAGAGAGAAAAUUAAUUAAUAGCGAAGUAAACACAGUGUUUAGGAAAUAAUCCCAUUUAUUUGUAUAACUUUCAACGAACCAGAAUGUACAUACGUUUUUAAAUAAAUUUACGACUGAGGAGCAGUGGUCGAGCCCGCAGAGUGCUCCUCUCAUCGUCCGGAAGAUUGGGUGGAUCGAGUAGCUCGGCUCCCGUGGCGGAGAGAGGUGUGGGUAUCCGAAAAUUCCUGAUCGAUCUCAAUUGAUCUCGAUCACUUUUCGAGUUCGCCAUUCGCUCCUCGCUCGUCUUACUUUGUUUUAAACGUCUAAACAAACAACAAG